UCCCUUGCUUGCUGCUCACCAAGGGACAGUCUCGUAGCCGGUGUUUAGAAGGGAAGCGAGACAAAAGAGAGAAGUCAUGAAAGACGGGGAGAGAAUGAAAGGAGGUUCAAAAGAACAGAAGAUAAAAAAAUGGUUUACUCGUAAAUGGACGGCCAACGCUGGGGCCUGUUAUCCUAAGCAAGAUCCUGAGCGUGGCGGCAGUCACAUGAUCUCUACAGAUGACCUGGAGUAUCCACGAGAGUACAGGACGCUGGGGAACAGCGGCCGGCGUUUCUCCAAUGUCGGCUUGGUGCACACAUCUGAGCACCGCCACACUGUCAGCGCUGCACAGAGUCUGGAGGCCCUGACCAACCUGCAUAAGGCUGACAUGGAACGGAAGAGGGACGCCUUUAUGGAUCACCUGAAGAGUAAAUACCAACAGCAGCAGCAACAGCAGCAGCAGCAGCAGCUGCAGCAUCCGCACCACAGCCCCCACCACAACCCACCAUCACCCUCACCAUCCCAUGCCAGCAUGAGGGGCUCCUCGGAUCGAUCUGCUAGAGAACAGCAACAGCCCAACUACUGGAGCUUUAAGAGUCGCAGUCCACGCCAUUCCCAGUCUACCCAGUCCGGGCUUGCGGACCAGGCUGCCAAGCUUUCCUUUGCCUCCGCCGAAUCCCUGGAGACAAUGUCAGAAGCAGACAUGCCCCUCGGGUUCAACCGAAUGAACCGAUUCCGCCAGAGCCUGCCGCUGUCUCGUUCUGCCAGCCAGAAUAAGCUAAGAUCUCCAGAUGAAUUUUCAGGCGUGCUCUUCCUGCAGUAUGGAGAUGAGACACGCCGGGUUCACAUCACCCACGAGCUGAGCAGCAUGGACACGCUGCACGCUCUCAUCGUGCACAUGUUCCCUCAGAAGUUGACGGCGGGAAUGCUGAAGUCGCCCAACACGGCGAUCCUAAUCAAAGACGAGGCCCGAAACGUCUUCUAUGAGCUGGAGGACGUCCGGGAUAUACAGGACCGUAGCAUCAUUAAGAUUUACCGCAAAGAACCCAUCUAUGCUUCUUACCCUGCAGCUGCACACCUGGCUAACGGAGAUCUGCGGAGGGAAAUGGUUUACUCAUCUCGGGAAUCUUCCCCAACGCGCCGCCUCAACACUCUUCCUUCCUCUUCGACCUCAGCACCCUCUGGCUCUCCAUCCCGUUCUCGCCUCUCGUACAGCGGGGGUCGUACUCCCUCCUUCUCCGGAAACCAUCCUCAACAUGAGCAGCCCAGACAUCCCCACCAUCCUCCAGGUGGCCAUGGUGCCAACAUGGGUCUGUCUCCAUCUCCAAGUGCCAUCUUGGAGCGCCGUGAUGUCAAGCCAGAUGAAGAAGUUUCUGCAAAAAAGCUGGCUCUCAUGAAAAAUGAGGCGCUUUACGCUGAUCCCUACAGUUUGAUGAACGAGGGUCGCCUCAGCAUUGCCUCCACCCAGUCUUUGGCUGCCAUUGGAGACCCUUUUAGCUACCCUGUUACCACUGGCCUCUACCGGCGAGGGUCUGUACGCUCUCUUAGCACUUACUCUGCCGCUGCUCUUCAGGGAGACCUGGAGGACUCAUUCUACAAGCCUGGAGGUUCACUAUACUCGGACACGUACUCCUCUGCAACCCUGGGAAUGGGGUUCCGCAUGCCGCCAUCGUCCCCACAAAAAAUUCCUGACAUGCAGCUGAGGGACAGGGACUCGUAUUCCACUUCACCACGACCCUCGCCUGUCAGGCAGACUUUCCGGAAAGACUCUGCCUCCUCCUCUGUGUUUGUGGAGAGCCCAAAGUCGAGGCCCAGCUCCAGUUCAGAGCCUGGUUUUGGUCCUUCUUUAUCUGGACAAGACGCAGACACAAGCAGGGACCACCGCCUGGAGCGUAUGGAGGCCAUGGAGAAGCAAAUAGCCAGCCUGACUGGCCUCGUGCAGAGUGUACUGACCAGGGCACCAGACAGCGACAGCACAUGCGGCCUACUGCGUCUCUGCAUGAUGGCGGGCUGCCCUCCGGACCAAGGCACGGAGUUUUCACGGCCAUUACCUUUCUCUUCCAGCGAGAAGACCGAAACUAACAGUGACGGCUCCGCCACUGGAACUGGACGUCAGAAGAAGAAAGCAGCCAAUACACCAUCAGCACCUUUAGCUUUGAUGCCACCACCACCAUCUAACACAACCCUGGUGAACGGUGUGGGUCGCCUGCAGAUGAAACUCCAUCUGCACGGUCUGCAGCAAAAUGCCACCGACCUCCGCAAACAGCUCGGUCAGCUUCGCAAGAUACAGAUGGAGAACCAGGAUUCAGUGCGAACUCUGCUGAAACGGACAGAGGCUGAGCUGAACGUACGCGUAGCAGAUGCCCUUCGGAAGCAAGAAGAUCCUUUGCAGAGACAACGCCUCCUUGUGGAGGAGGAAAGACUCAAGUACCUCAAUGAAGAAGAACUCAUCAUCCAGCAGCUCCAUGACCUGGAGAAAUCAGUGGAGGAGAUCCAGAAGGAGUCUUCUGUCAACCACAAGCUGGUGUCAGUGCAGGAGCUGGAGGAGAAGGCUACAGUUCUGAGAAAGCUGGGAGAAACACUCACAGAGUUGAAAAAUCAAUUCCCAAGCCUGCAGAGCAAGAUGCGGGUGGUGCUGCGGGUGGAGGUAGAAGCUGUGAAAUUCCUCAAAGAAGAACCGCACAGACUAGAUGCCCUGUUAAAACGCUGCAAGACUAUAACUGACACCCUCGCCACAAUGCGCAAGCAAGCAAAUGAAGGAGUUUGGAAAAAGCAGGACAACUUUUCUAGCCCCUCAUCAAAGCACAAUGACGACUUGCAAAAAUUUUCGAGUUUUGACAUUCCUACCAGUCCACCUCUAACUAUCAAUGACAUCGGAGGAGGUAACAGCUUGUCUAACUGGAGCCCUCACUCGAGCCUCAGCCGUGGUCUCGGAAACCCGUCUGGUCCUCAUAAGGACAAUCAUCCUCCUAUUCCUCACAAAGGCAAAGCCCUAGAGGAGUUGGAGCGGCGGGCUGCCGCUGACAAAGCUUUAUCAAUGGAAGUCCGACUGGCGGCAGAGCGGGACUGGGAGGAGAAGCGGGCCAGUCUUACACAGUACAGUGCUCAGGACAUCAACCGCCUGCUGGAGGAGACCCAGGCCGAGCUGAUGAAGGCUAUUCCAGACCUGGACUUUGCUGCCAAGCAGAUCAAGCCCUCUUCCAACACACCAUCAGUCCAGAACCCUCAGAAUGCGGCGUCAACAACAGAGCACCGCAGCAGCAAGCCACAAAACAAGCUUUCAGCAAAAGAGGGUGGUUCCAGGCGUGGCUCUGAUGAGCUGACAGUACCACGAUAUCGCACAGAAAAACCGUCCAAGUCUCCUCCUCCUCCCCCACCUAGACGUAGUUUCCCCUCAUCUCCAGGAGUGACAUCUCGCAGUGGAGAGCCAUUAAUUCCUGGAAAAAGCAUAAAGAAAUUAGAAUCUGAAGAGAAUGACACUCAAAAGCCUCACAUAAAACUGAGGAGGACCAUGUCAGAAAACCCUCGCCCUGCAUCGACACCCCCAACGCUCGCCUCUGGAGAGAAGGAACAAGGAGAGGAGGAAAAGAUUGCUGCUGAACUUGAGGGAAGGAACUUAUCUCCAGUCCCCCACAUCGUGUUGACAGAAUGUUUGCCAAACUCACUCACUGCUGCAGAAAAUUCUGUCAGAGACUUAGCAAAUUACCCUGUACAAGACAAUCCAGCACACAAUUUGUGCAAUCAACAUAUGGUUCACAAGAAUGUGUUUUCAAGGGGAAUACCUUCAGAAGGAAGCAAAUGUGUUCUCAAACAAGACCAAGAAAUCUCCCUGCUUCUGACAGACAUGGAGAUGAGAUGGGUGUCUCCUCACAAAGUUCAGGAACUGAAGAGUAUAGACCUUAAAACUCUAACUAUUUCAGUGCAAAAUAAAGACAUUUCUGAAGCACAGCUGAAUGAACGGCCUGUUCUUAUAAUUUUCAGGGAGGGAAAUACACUGAAAGAUACAUACAGACUGCUGUAUUCCCUUCUAGAGUCAUCCAAUCCAGUUCCUAAACCGAGAUUAAGGUCCUUCCACCAACACACUCAGCAACAAUCCCUAAUGGAGGCUCUAAGAAGAGGGAUUGAAACAGGGGACGACGUGCUAACGUUUCAGCAUGCUGAUGACGUUAGAAUACAGCAAAGUAAUUGUGAUUCUAAAAGUAGCUCAUCAAGUCAGAGUAGGAUGACAAAGGAGGUCCGACUCAGCACCUACCAGAGGAUGGAGAGUUUGGAGGAGACGAUUCGAGAGCUGGAGAACACCUUAAUAGAGAUCAGUAGCCAUCCUACGAGAGAGACGCUCUACACUGAGUCAGCCACCAGAAGUAUUCCAGCACAGCGCACUGGGAGUCUGAUGUCAGAGACCAGGAGGCCACCAGUUCCACCCAAACCAGCAUCAAUUCAGGGUGGGAAUAAUACCAGCAUUGGUAAAAUUCAUUCCUCAGCUGCCUCAAAGCUGAAGCACCUGCAGCAAAAUAGCACAGAGAAGACUAAAAGUGGCAAGAAAGAGGACUUACAGAAGAUGCAGAGCCUGCAACAGCAGUGAGCGACCUGUCCCCUCGUCCAGCCUCUUCAGUCUCCUCCUCCUUUUCGCGUGACUACAGAGAUGCACACUUAUCUGCCCACUUUACUUAACCAUCUCCUUUCACAUCUCUAGUAUUCAGUCCAAGUUGUGCUUCUAGGUGUGAGUGUGUGUUUGUUUGUGCAAGCAUGCUUGCUUGCACAGGUGUGUUUGAAUGCCCUGGUGAAGGAAGUUGCUGCAGGGAACAUUGCCCAGCCACAACCAAUUUUAGAACUUUUUAAAUUUUUCAUAAUUUCCCACUUCAACCCCCUGAAAACCUCAUCUCUCUGCGCUCCUCCUCCGCCCUCUCCUGUCUUCUGUGUCCCUGCUCUACUCCAAGGCCUUGGGGAUCAACCGUGCCGGAACCACUGAACCGUACCUGUCUGGACUGAAAGCGAGCAUUUUUUUAGGCCGAAUGCCUACUCCUGCAGCAGCUUUUGCACCUGGUUUGAGAAUGCCUCCCCAUGAGGGCACUAUGCCCUCCCUGACAGUCUCCUCCAGCCAAGCAAAGGCCCUCCUAGCGAGCCUGUCAGCCUCCGGCCUCUGCACCGAGGCCCUGCUCCUGUCCUCCGCUCUACGUCAACGCCGCCUUCUUCGGGAGCAGAGAGCAUCAUCUUCUCUUCCCAGCAGCCUGUCCUCCACCCCUACGUCCUCCUCUUCUCCCACAACCCCUACUCCAACCCUGUCUCCUUCCUCUCCCACACCUCUUGGUUCCUUUACCUUCUCCUCUGGGUUUGUCAAACCCACCAGACGGAGACUUGACAGCCCCCAACAACUCAGCAACAGCAAGGAUGGUGACAACUCUUAGUAAUGAGUAAUAGGAGGAGGAGGACAUGGAAGAAUAUAAUUCUAAAAUUAUCUUGUCACCAAGCAAGAAUAGAUGCAUUUUUUUACACAUAUUUCCUUUCAGGAUUCUGUAGAUGCAUAUUCAUUUUUUUUCUUACUAAUGUUGAAUACACCAGACUCUGGAUGCUUCAUAAUCUCACUCCUUUUUCUUUUUUGGACAAGUUUCCUUCUCUCGUCUGGCUGCACGGUCUCCCACGCAGUCCUUUUGCCAGAUUCCCAAACAGAGUGCACACAAACAGUCCAGGCCUUGCUUUUCCACCAGCUGUCUGCUACAAGGUUGGUGUGUUUGGACAUGUUCUCAUUUAGUGGGCUGUUCGUGGUAUAGUUUCCAUAACUAGACUGUGUGUAUGAAAAUAGAGUCGCAAUAAUCACCAAGUGAGUCCAGUAGUUAUAUAUGUUUAGAAUAAUGUUGCUCUUUCUUACCUGCAUAACCUUGCAGAAUAAAUCUGCUGAGAAAAUAAGAAAAAAGAUGUGAUGAAUGUGGUUUUGAACUGUUUGGUGCAAAAAGGGCAUUCUUUUCUUUUCUUGCAUCAACCAAGUUUUAGAUUUUAAAUCGGUGCUAUAUUUUCCCCUCUGUUAGUACUCACUGAGUUUACAUAAUUGUUCUCCCUCCUCUGCACAUUCCUUUGGGUUUCUAAUUUAAUGUUGCAGUUGAAAUUUUGUAUGUAUCUCUGCAAAUGAAACUCAUGCAUCUAUCAUUGUUAACAUUUCUAGCCUUUUUAAUCUGUUGGGAACAAGAAUAUUGCAGCAUUAUUCACAAAAGCACACUGUAACGAGCAGCCAUGAAUCUUCACAUUUCUGUUUGAUAUGAAGGAAGGAGACAAAGUUACACUGAAAGAAGAGGAAAUGCAAAGGAGGGUCUAUAUAACCAGUGUGGAUUUACUGUGUGUGUGGUGUAACUAGUUAAUUGACAAUCAGGAUGUUUUCACUGUAGCAUGUCACAGGUUGCCCAUCCCAAAGAAUCAAGCACGCACUUGUAAAGCUAAGCUGUACAGCACAGACACAAUGUGUGUGUAAUAGUUUUAUUUCAUUUUGUUAAUCUUAUACAAUGAUAUAUUUUAUGCUGCCCCUCGGAUGAAAUUGAUCACAGUGAUCAGAACAUUUCACCCAUAUAAAAUAGUUUCCCAUUGAUAUAGUUGCUUCAGGAUUAUAUGCUAAAAAGCACCCAGAUUUUAUCAUACAGUAGUUUGUACUUUAUCUUUGACUACAAAGAAGUGAUAGCACUUCAUUACUGUUUGAAAAGUAUUUUUAAAAAAUACUUUAAUCAGCACAUGUUUAGAAAUUAUGUAUUUCUUGGCGCUUGUGAGGGAGUCAGAGAAGAUUAUAAAAAUGUAAAGAAAGCACAGUUUAUUCUCAUAACACAAGAUCCUUCUUUGUCAGCUUAAUUAUCAAAUAUGUUAGGAGGCUUUAAAAUGUUCAUUUACUAAAAAUGAGUGAAAUAGGAACAAUAUAACUUUACAAUUAUUUUCUUUCAUAAAAUAUGUAUGCCAGAGUCUUUCAAACUAGCAUUUAGAUGCAAAAAAGAACUGGAAAACCUUCAGCCAAGAACAUCGAUCUAGUGAACAUGUUAUUGUAAACUGGUGUGAAGGUAUUAUUGAUGUUAAACAAUAUACAGAUGCAUCACAAUAAGUAAAACUCAUAUAGAAAUAUUACAAAAAGUAAAAUGUAUCUGGCUAUUAUUUCUGUUAAUUUUGAUAAUUGUGACUUAUAGCAAUAAAAAUCCCGCAAUUCUCAAUUUCAGACAAUAGGAAUAAAACACAAGACAAAGAACAGAGUCAGUUAGAGUUAGUCUUUAGAGAACAUUGAAGCAAAUCCCAUUUAAGUGUUUUAUGGAGUUUCGCUUGGUGGUGUGGACUUCACUGGACUCAUCACAUGUCCAGAAAUUUCUUUAGUUAAGUUCAUCUGGAACUACAGGCAUAAUCUUCUUAGGAAAAAAUGACCUGGCUGUUGUUCGGCUGUUCGAUGUCCCGCUUCACAUGACAGUUUGCUGGUAUUGGUCCAUUGUGUAGUUAUCAAGUCAAAGCCAGCACAGCCAUCGUCUGUAUCACAGCAUUGAAAAAGUGAAUUGAAUUUUGGGUUUUUUAUUAGCUGCAAACCAUACCAAGAUUAACAGAACUAUACACUUCGAUACCCUGUCUUUUAAUAAAUCUCUAUGAGUUUCACUUUUUAAACUGAAUUACUGAAAUUUAUUUACAUUUACAUGAUAUUGUUAUCACAGAGAUGUGCCUGUAUUAAACUGUUUUUGGAUGUCUGCAAGUUGAUGCUAAAUUUUAAAAUCAUGCUUAUGAAGGAAGACUUGGUGCUAAAUUGGUUUGUUGUCAUCAGACAGAAAUUUUUGUUCAGAUGUUGCAGUAAUAAUAAAUUAUUAUUGCAUUUUAUCCUUACUAAAGCACAUUAUAGGUAUUUGUCAAAUAACCUGAAUUAGUUUCAAAAAUGUCUACUACUUCAAUAUAGCUAAUGUCUUUAUUAUUUUUGAAGCUCAAAUUACGAUGUUAAAAUUAUUUGUAAAUUCAAUAAUUAUGGUAAUUUCCUUUUAUUUUUUUAUCUCAAAUUUUUUUGGGAACCAGGGUUUAAUUUUCACUUUAAGAACUGCAUUAACCCUAAUGAGCACAAAUCUAUAAAUUACACAUUUCAUCAGUCUAGAUUUGACUUUCACUAUUUUGGGUGGCUGGUGUUUUUCUGGCUGCUGUUUAUUUACAUAAAAUCACAGUGGGGGAGUUUUUCUAACGUAGAUCCUUCAUAAUGAACCAUUCCAUGGCCACAGGAUCUCUGUGUUUGCCUGGAAGCUGCCUUGCUGUUUGUUGACAAGGUUAAAUGGACAGUUGCACUUCUCUGCUGUUCUCCAGAAUGGCUCAAAGAAACUGAUCCUCUUGGGCAUCGAGAUUAACACUUGUGCAAAGGCGGCUAGUGUCAGAGAGUAGGCGGCGUGAGGAGCGAGGAUUAGUUUGAGGACGUGAGUUUGAAGGCUACUUUAAUAAGGCCAGCUUUGACUCGCCCCGUCUCCAUGGAGAGCGCUGGAGUGAAAGAAUGAGUGUCAGUCGGAGACAGUAUUCGACUGCUUGUUCCCCCUUGCUCUCAGUUUGCGCUCUUUUUUGUGUGCGGUCUGUUAAAAUCGUUUAGCUUCAGGUUAAGAUGGUAUGAUUUCUGAUGGGGUUCAGUUCUAAGCAAGAUGUGCAAUAUGUAUUUAGCAUUCUUACUCUUUUACCAAGGUAUUCCUCUUUGCCUUUGUCAUAUUUAUGCCUGUUUGUCUCCAAGGACCUGCAAUGUUUUUUCCUGGUGCCUGAAUGAUCUUGCAAGCAGCACUGACAGAAUAACACUUUUACCCAAAUAAGAGCUUCAGAAACCUGGCUUGGUUCCUGUUUUUUUGUUUUGUUUUGUUUUGAAAAAAAAAAAAGAAAACUGCUUGAAAGCACAAAUGUGCGAGCUCACAGCCUCAUUCUUAGUGCAUUCUGGAUCUGCAAGGAAGAUUCAAGCUAAGUUAAAAACUGAAUAGAGUAAAGGAAAUCCUUAAAGCAGUAACUUUCCUAGGUGAAUUUGCUGCUUGCAGCAAGGAGGAAGUAUGUGGUAUUUUAGCCUAAGUGAAACCAGAGACCCAUGUUAAAAUGCCUCCUGGACUUUUUUUUUUUGCUCAGAACAAGUGUUAGUGGGCUGUGAUUUCAACAAGCUUGGGGGCAUGUUGAGCACACUCUGGCAAUCAGAAAAAAACCCAUGCAAACUUGAAACUAAACAUAGGAUAACUAUACAUAUAUAAAUAUAUCUAAGUGAGAUGUUUGUGUAUGAUAUAAUUGUGAAAAAAAUGUGAAUAUAUACAUAAAUAUUUAGGCCUAGAUUAAGUUCUAUGCUGUAAAAUGUCCUCAUAUCUUCUGAUUUAUAUAUUAGUGACCAUUUUGUACAGAUUUUUCUUUUUUAAUUCAUUCAGAGAGAUAUUACAUUUCACACUAAGAUUAUUUAUUCAUAUGCAGAACAUUUUUAUAUUGUUUAAAAUAUCUGUGUAGAUAACUGUUAGGCACUGUAAUAUACUUUAAAGUUAAUUUUGAAAUUCUAGGGUUUUCUUUAGAAAUAAUGAGUUGAACUUGAUGUAAUUAUGACGAUUUAAAAAGCUUUUCCCUGAAAAUGCUCGUCCAGCUUGUCUGCACCUUUGCCUCCUAUUGUUAAAGUGUAAGAGGCUGGACCAGUGCCUAUUAGUAGGGGCUUAUUUUGCUACUAGGUCUGGGUUAUUUUUUAUGUGUUUUUCUUUUUCCUCAUUUUAUUUUGCCAUUCUGUAUUUGUGUUCUAAGUGGUAUUAGUGACACUGGAGAUGGUCAGAAACACAGAACAUUUAGUACGUACUGUGACUCAAGUCCAAAGGCUUCAAAAGAAGUCUUGCUGCUUUGACUAAAGCAAGUUACUUGGCUUUAAUUCUUUUAAUUUCUCUUUUUUUUCUUUGUUUGCAUGUUAACUGAGAUGGCUGAGGAUUAAAAGGUUCAGAGACUAUAAAUGUUCAUUAUGUUGCUUAUACUGCUCCAGUUUGUGGCUUUAAGUAGCGUUUAAGCUAAACUUUUAAAAUGGUAAAAGACAGAUUUAUUAAGGAAUCAUGUGGAGAGCUAUGAAGUCUUUGAUUUUGCAUUUGUAUUUCUUUUCUGAUACUUACGGUAAUCUACAUUCUGUAGUAUGUAUCUGAGAUUUUUACUUGAAUGUGUGGAUGUUCAAAAAUCUUGGCAUCAAAAAUAAAUAAAAAAAUAAAUAAAAUUGACUUGUAAAUAGGUUGAGUCAUAGAGAGUUCACCGAAUUAUGUCCAAAAGAUAAUGUUUUAUUAUAAACUAUGAUGAUGGAUACAAAGGUAUAUACAAAAACAAUGCAUGUAUAGUCUCAAGCAAACGCACGGUGCAGUUUAGAAAAAAAAAAGUUACGUACAGUACAUGUUUUUUCAAAGUUAUAAGAAACAGUCAGAGAAGUGGGUAUAUAUGUUUGAGGUUUACCAACAGAAACGAUACAUUAUUUUAGUAUGUGUGACACGGGCAUGUUCAGUCUUACUGUGAAGUUACGUGAUGACGAUAGUGACUGGGAAUGUUGAACGUCCAGGGAUCAGAAGGCUUGAACGCACCUCAACAUGAGAAAUCAGCUACGGUUCUCCCAUUUGUAGAGUAGUGUGACAUAAAAACAAAAAUAACUACAGAAAAUAGAUCAAUUAUAUGAGAUAUAUAAAAUUUAAAUGCCUACUGAUACUGGAGAUAAUUUUAUCAGUGUGGAUGCCAUGAUAUUUUGUGAGAAAUGUGUGUUUGUUUGUUUUUUCUGUGAGAAGACAGCAGGCACCUGAACCUGCCUUCUUUUGUACAUAAUUUGCUGUGAUUGUGUGUCCAAUAAAGUGCAGCCCUCUUG